CUUGGGCCGCCUUGGCCUGGAACGCAACAGGUGGCGUUCCCGGGGGUGGGGGACGGUGAUGAAUGACUGAGCAGGGUGGCGGGAAGGAGCAUCCCCUUUCAGGUGUCUUCCUGAUCCCAGGGGGCCGGGCGCAGCUUGGCUUUCUAGAAUGUCGCCAAGGUCUCAAACACUGGCUCUCUUCAUUUUUUGUUUUUAAGGACAGCAGGCCCCAAUCUCCGAACUUUCCACCGGUGUUUGGCUAUGCUUGAUUCCUAUUGAUUUUCUGCACACUUUGGGGGAACGAUUUCCUCCUCAUUAUGACGUGGUUCUGGUUUCCCACUUAAAAUGGCAGUGACAGGUUCCCAUUUAAACUGCAUGUGUUUGUUGGGAAAAGGUCCAGUUAUCUUUUGACUGCCACAUAUGGACCCCAAAAGAUCUCAAAAGGAAACUGUCCUCAUUACAGGAGGAGGUGGCUAUUUUGGUUUUCGCCUGGGCUGUGCUCUGAACCAAAAGGGAGUCCACGUGAUUCUGUUUGACAUCAGCAGCCCUGCUGAAACCAUUCCAGAAGGAAUCAAGUUUAUACAAGGAGACAUCUGCCACCUGUCUGACAUAGAGAAAGCCUUCCAGGAUGCAGACAUCACUUGUGUGUUCCAUAUUGCCUCUUAUGGUAUGUCAGGGCGGGAGCAACUCAAUCGAAACCUGAUCGAAGAAGUCAACAUCGGGGGCACAGACAACAUCCUCCAGGCUUGCCAAAGAAGAAGGGUGCCCAGGUUAGUUUACACCAGCACUUUCAAUGUCAUCUUUGGAGGUCAAGUUAUCAGAAAUGGGGAUGAAUCUCUGCCCUACCUGCCUCUUCACCUCCACCCUGAUCACUACUCUCGGACAAAGUCUAUUGCAGAGAAGAAGGUGCUGGAGGCGAAUGGUACACCCCUGGACAGAGGCGACGGCGUCUUAAGAACCUGCGCUCUGAGGCCAGCUGGCAUCUAUGGGCCUGGAGAACAAAGACACCUUCCCAGAAUAGUCAGCUACAUCGAGAAGGGUCUGUUCAAGUUUGUCUACGGGGACCCCAGGAGCCUGGUUGAGUUUGUCCACGUGGAUAACUUGGUGCAGGCUCACAUUCUGGCCUCAGAAGCCCUGAGAGCUGACAAGGGCCAUAUUGCCUCUGGGCAGCCCUACUUCAUCUCAGAUGGCAGACCCGUGAACAACUUUGAGUUCUUCCGGCCUCUGGUUGAGGGCCUGGGCUACACGUUCCCAUCUACCCGCCUGCCAUUGACUUUGGUCUACUGCUUUGCUUUUCUAACAGAGAUGGUUCACUUCAUUUUGGGUCGACUCUACAACUUCCAGCCCUUCCUCACUCGCACUGAAGUUUACAAAACUGGUGUCACACAUUAUUUUAGCUUAGAGAAAGCCAAGAAAGAGCUAGGUUAUAAGGCUCAGCCAUUUGACCUCCAGGAAGCAGUGGAAUGGUUUAAAGCCCAUGGUCAUGGCAGAAGUUCUGGAAGUCGUGACUCAGAGUGUUUUAUUUGGGAUGGGCUAUUGGUCUUCCUCCUGAUUAUAGCAGUUCUCAUCUGGCUGCCUUCUUCUGUGAUUCUGUCACUGUGAAGGAGAGGCCAGAAAUAAGGUGAUCACAGUUGGCUGAGAUGGUUCUCAAGAAACAUGGGUUUUAAAAUGUGUACAGUGGUAUCUGUUGCCAAACAUUGGCUCUUCAAAUUGCUGCUUACGAAUAGGUUCUUGGAUUGAAUCUUUAUUUCUUACUUCCUUGCACUAAGCCAGAUGGGAAUGAAAAGAAAGAAGCAGAGAUUAGUUUGAAAUUUCAUUUCUUAUGUCCUUCUGUUUUAGAUGGGUACAAUAGAAGUCAGUUUGGAGCCAUAGAAGUAGGCUUAGUUGGGUUGGAGAUGUCUGUCUUGAAUUUCUUAGAAGGCAAGAUAUACUUAUUUCCGUUUUAUGCACUCUGCAUCUACCUAAAACCUCUGAUUGAUGUGGGAAUGACAAAACACUAUCAGGCUUGAAAGCAUGUGAAAAACGCCAAAUUGGCCCAGAUCCCCAACAGAGCAAUCCUCGAGGGGAUGGUAGCUAUUGCUGGAGAGGCAUUAGCUAUUCACAGUGUCCAUUUUAGGUGUUAACUUUCACCCUUUGUGAUAUCGGGGCACUAUGCCUAUGUGAACACAUGGUAAUGUUUGAUGUUUAGGCCUUUAUCCUACCUCAUAGGAUUCUUUUGAGGAUUAAAUUAAAGCAUACAAAGUGCUCCUUAACACACAUAGCCAUUCUUUUUAUCAGAAUUUUCAUGGUACAUUCCUUAUGAGGGCUUUCUUCCUCAGUGUUCUCUUUAGAGGGCUGUUGCUACUGGACUUUCUGGAAUGUCUGGGUGUGCCCUCAGAGCCUGCAACAAGUGUAUUUGGAUAUACUCUAAAGUUUUGGCCUCCAAGAAGGUGAAAAGGAAGCAACUAAAAAUCUGAUGAUUAAGGGAGUCAAUCAAGCUAAUGCCAUUUUUAGUUUAAAAAAUGAAGCAUAGCUCUAAACUCAUAGACUGGUUUUCUUACUGGGAAGAAGUUUGGCUCUCUGAAGACAGCUUCCAGUGAGGAAUGUUGAACAGUGGCAGCACUGUCUGGCCACCCACGAACUGUUACCAAUGAUCCAGUUACACUGUUGCAUAGGAAUCCAAGUGGAAAGAAGACAGAGUCCAUGUCUGUCCAUGGCUCCAGCUACAGAAAGGAUAACAUGAGAACAUUACAGGGGGGACACAUUACUGUGGAAAGUUCUGCUAGAGUUACUCUGAGAGUAUCUACAAAUAGAUGAGAAAUCCCUGUUGAAUGCUGCCUGGAUGUUGUCAGAAAAGCUCUGAACUUGAUGUCAGAACACCGACACCAUGAAUACCAUGUGUGGCCUUAACCAAGGAACAGAAGCCCUUUAGAACUUAGCUUCCUCACUUGGGACCUGGGACUGACUGCAUUUGCCCUUUCUAUAAACCCACCCACCUCAUAGGGUUCAUUGGGAGCAUAAAGCAAGAUGUGGUGAAAGUACUUUUAAUAUAAAUUGCAACAUCAAUAUGAGGUGAUGGUAGUGGUUGUUUUUAGGAAAAUGUGUUUGGAGUCUUUUCUAUCAUAAAGAAGCUUUUGCAUUAGCCUGAGGUUAACGCAUAUGAGCACCUGCCGUGUAUUGUUCCAGAACUGCUUGAAUAUCCUCAUCAAGUGACAAGUGGUUUCCCCAGAGCAGGUCAUCCAAGACAGCAGGGUGGAAGCUGCAUUGUCCUUUAUGACUUGGCCUCAAAUGUCACAGUGUCAUUCCACAGUAUAUUGGUUAUGCAAGUCAAUCCUAUCCGGUAGGGGAAGGAAAUACACAAAGGUAUUUCCGUAUUAUACCAGAAGAUGGAGAUGGUCAAAGGCAAUCUUGGAGGCUGGGCUCUUGGCCUCAUAUGAGUCAUCCUUCCUUUUCCAUGAAAGGUUGCCCACAUUUCCAGCUACAUAGCUUUCUCUGCCUGCUUCCUGCCAGAAGGAUUUUAGGGGCCAAACAGCUGUGUUAACAUUUUGCACUAUAUUCCUUUCCAUUCAAGCUGGCAGUGGUGCUAGGAACAUUAUUUUGAAUGUGUCACCUGAGUUUUAUUGCAGUUCACUCACAAAAGCCACACCCACAAAUCUCUGAGGUAAGUCCUCCACCGUGAGCUUCUGCUCAGACUGCCAAGGGACAAUACGCUGUGCUUCUUAGAAGCCUUAUUGUCUGAACAGCUCUCUGGGGUGCCACAUCAGGCCUUCCUGAGAUCUUAAAAAGAUAUUAUAC